AUGUCUCCUCAGUUUCGCGCAGCCAUCCUUGCUUCCCACACCAUAACUAAGCCACAAUCUUACAAAGACGCAUGUAUACAACCACAAUGGAAGCAGGCCAUGAACUCUGAACUUAAAGCUCCUGAAGCAAACAACACAUGGACUCUAACCUGCCUUCCUCAAAGAUGCCAUACCAUUGGAAACAAGUGGGUGUACAAAGUGAAAUACAAGCCAAAUGGUGAUAUAGAACGCUACAAGGCCCGACUUGUUGCAAAGCCUAUCUUGGUACAAAGUCUGCCUUAUCUCGUAUGGAGCCCAAUCUCAAACUCAGCAAAGAUGAAGGGGACAUUCUACCAGAUCCAACGGCUUAUCACAACUUAA